CACUACCACUACCACUAACUACCACCCAUCAUCAUCUCGUUUCUUUCUUCCAUCCUUCCUCUCAUCCCUCUCUUUUAUCAUCUUCUCUUCCUUCCUCUUCUCUCAGUCCAUCACUAUCGUCCUAUCCAUUCUUCAACCAUCAACUCACCAUUAUCUGCAUGGCUUAGGCUAAUCAUCGCUCAUCUUGAACCCCUCCACCCAUCCAAACCUCCAACCAACCCAACCCCCGCUUCACCAGUCUGUGACUAUGGCCUACUACGACGGGCGCCAAUAUUCUUCUCGCCCUUCGGCUGGCUAUAACCCCGACUACUAUCCUCCCCCAUCUCGUCAUCAAACCGAUGUCGUGCGUCAUCACCGGGAUGGCAGUGUCGAGUCCUUCGAGGCCGUUCACCGUGACUACCCCCCCGCCGAUUAUGGCUACGAGUACGGCUACGGGAUUCCCCCGCAAGGAAAACCCACCCGCGCGUCCACCGUCCACGAAAGUGUGCGCCGUUCCCACUCCGUGAAUCCGCGCGACCCUUACGACGGCGGCUCAGACUACUAUCGGCCCUCACAUCGCCGAUCUAGACGCCAUGACGAUCGACAUGACCGGGGAAGAUAUUCCCGAUCCCCCUCCGACAGUCGUUCUCCCCCACCGCGCCGACGAAAGUCCAUCUCCGAGCAAGCCCUGGGGGCGCUCGGGUUGGGUUCCCUUGCGUCGUCGGGAUCGAGACAUCGGGAGCGCGGCCGCUCGCAGGCCCGCGACCGCAAAUCCUACUCCUACUCGCCGUCUCCGACUCGCUCGCGGAGUCGCCAUCGGCGCGAGAAAAGCGAGCAACGUAUCGCACAGGCGAUGCGGGCCGCUCUGACCGCCGGAGCCAUCGAGGCAUUCCGCGUCCGCAAGGAUCCCGGGGAGUGGACCGGCGCCAAGGGGAAACGGAUCUUAACCGCUGCCAUCGCGGCCGGAGGCACGGAUGGACUGGUGGACCGCGAUCCCAAGAAGCACUCGAAGCGUCAUGUCGUCGAAUCGACCCUGGCCGGGCUCGCCGCAAACCAUUUUCUGAACGGGUCCCGAUCCCGUUCCCGAUCCCGCGGCCGGCACCAUGGCCGCUCCCAAAGCAACAGUGGCGUAAAGAAUCUUGCUGCCACAGGCGCCUUAGCUGCGAUUGGCAAGGAAGCGUACGAUCGGUUCCGCUCCAAGUCCCGCCCCCGGGACCGGAGUCGGGGUCGAUCCCUCUCGCAGGACAGCUACGAGGACCGUCGUCCGAGACCGCGGAGCAAGAGCGUUUCGGACUACAUCCACAAGGGGAUGGAGGCGCUGGGCCUGAGCGAGAAGGACCACCGCCGGGACAGCCGGGACCGCCGGGACCGAGAGGGCCGCCACUCGUCUCGCCGCGAUGAUUACCCCGACGACUAUAGCGACUAUGAGUAUCGCCGUCACCGAAGCCCACGGCGCGCCCGGCAUUCUAGAGAUGUGAGUCGACCAAUUGUUCACGCCGACGAAGCUGGCUAUAGCCGUACCCGUGCCCCGGAUGAGCCCCGCUCCAACAGCACCGAGGAUUGUGACUCUGACUUAGGUAGCAGUACCGAUGAGGAGAAGCGCCAGAAGAAACUAACGCGCAAGACGCUGGUCAAGACCGGCCUGGCGACCGUGGCCACGAUCCACGCCGCCCAUGAGCUCUACGAAAACAUGGAAAAACACAAGAAACGAGCCGAGCAGCUCCGCGAGGGCGAGAUCACCCCGGAGGAAGCCCGCCGCCGCCGCCUGAAAGCCAACCUCGGCGAUAUCGCCAGCGUGGGCGUCGCCGCCUGGGGGAUCAAAGGCGCCGCGGAAGAAUGGAAACAUGCGGCCGAGCUCCGGAAGGAACGCCACAAGUUGCGGGAGGAGUGCGAGCAGAAGCGCGAACGUCGCCAUCAGCGCGCGCAGAGCCACGCGGGCUAUGACCAUCACCACCAACCGCGGACCGUGUACCCUGAUGAGAUCGAGGAGCACCACCCGUCCGAGUAUGGGUCCACCCCGAGCCUGCGGUCCCGGUCGGCCGGACGGUCGGGACGGGUGCCCAUGGCGCAGUACGCUUAAAUGCCUGUGGGAAGGAGGAGGGCUUGAUGCACAGGGUAUCAGACCUGUUUGGUGAUGGAGUAUAGGAUGUGCGAUGAUAUGAUGAUGAACUUACGAUUUGAUGAAUUCUCGAGACGGGUUCGUCUUGGGGGCUGAUGUAUUUUACUUCUGGAUGCCUUGGUUCUGUGGCUUUGAUUUUUUGAUGCGUGGCUUUGUGAUGCGUGCGGCCCUACUGAUGACAGAUCGAUGAUGGGAUCGUGGGGGCAAUCUGCUCUACCAUUGAUGAUUGUUUUGACAUGGCUUGUUCGGGAUUAUUUAUGACAUGACCGGAAGUGAACUGGCU